UCGAAUAAAGCCCAAAAAGGUUUUGGAUCUGAUUUUACUCAUGCGAUUAGGGUUAGCAAACAAAAGAUAAAACGACGACGCUUUGGUCAGGGGAGUUUCUCAUAGAAAAACCCUAGUUCUAAAAGCCUCCCACCUCUCAUCUUCAUUCCCUUCAGUUUGGUAGUUGGAGCCUUUUGCCGCUAGCUUCGUCCGACUAUUUUCAGUCUCGGUUUCAUCUCUUUCGUUUUGAUUCGAAACAAUGGCUCCGAAGAAGGACAAGGCUCCUCCCCCAUCCUCCAAGCCCGCCAAGUCCGGUGGUGGCAAGCAGAAGAAAAAGAAGUGGAGCAAGGGAAAGCAAAAGGAGAAGGUUAACAACAUGGUGCUGUUCGACCAGGCUACCUACGACAAGCUCCUUUCUGAGGCUCCAAAAUACAAGCUCAUCACCCCAUCUAUCCUUUCCGAUCGUUUGAGGAUUAAUGGAUCACUAGCAAGGAAGGCUAUAAAGGAUUUGAUGGCGAGAGGUUUGAUCAGGAUGGUGUCUGCUCAUGCAAGCCAGCAGAUUUACACAAGAGCAACAAACACCUAAGAUUUCUUAUUUGUCCCAACCUAUUUAGUUUAAAUCAUCAUGUGUUUGCCCAGUUUGAAUGUUACUAUACUUUUUGUUAUGUGGAGUUGUUUCACUUUAGAAUGAGUAGAGCUCUAUUUCAGAAAACCCGUUGUCUUUAUUGAUUUGAAAAUUAAUAUUGGACUAAUUUGAAGUGUUGUUUUUUGAGCUGUUAAUGACUUUUGUUAGUAGAGAAAGUUUUGUUGCUUCUCAAGGAGAAUGACAACUUUAUCGUUUGCUCAA